AUGGUUCUCGCAACUAUGGAUGAUCUAAAUACUAUACCUGUUAAAGCAUUUUAUGACCGGUAAGCUUUUUUGUAUAUUAAAAAGUUUGAAAAUUUUUGACUUGAAGUUUGGAGCUUGGGUUAGGUUACCACAAAAGUAUUUAAUGAUAUAUUAUUAAGACCCUCGUUAUUAAAGUCCUAAGCUUUUAUUUUUUGUCCCUUUAAAGAUGUUUUGUUUGGUACCUUAGGAUUAUCAGGAUUAUAUAGUGAAAUAAUUCUAUUUUAAAAAUUUAUAUAGCAAAACAUUUAGUACAAUAAACUUAGUGUAUAUAUAUAAAAGUAUACAGAAAUAUUUAAAUAUGUAGAGGUUAAUUUAAUAACUUUCCAGACUGUAGCGAAGGAAUGCGUUAAUAUAUAAACUGCCCAAGUGAGACUCAUUUGAGUUAAACUAUGAUUAAAAACAUUUAAAGUGAAGAAAGGAAAUGUUUUGUGAUCAACAUAAAAGCAGUCUGGUCUUGGAUGCUUGCUUUUCUUGAUACCUGACUGGAAUGUGGCAAAAUUGCACACUCAAUUUUUCAGAAAUUUAAUAGUAAAUAUAUAGAUAAUAUGUGAUGCACCAGGGUGCGUUUCAUGUAAGCUAUAUGCCGGAGAUUGCCAACAUUUGCCCUUGAUCAUGGUAAUAUUUAAAAUAAUUUACUUUGGGGACUAAAACCCCAUGUCAAAAUAUAGUAGGCAAUGCUGUGUGCUUUUAAGACCCCAUUUGCACAGUAUCGGACGAAAUUUGGAACCAGGCUGAAAUUUGUCCCUUUUUGCAGAACCGUACAAAUUUGAGACCCCCUAAUAGGACGAAUGUGCAUGUAAACAGGCGAAAAAGAUACCAUGCUACCAUGUAAAUGGGGUCUUAAAGAUUGUAAAGUAAUUGUAUGCCAAUAUACCAACGACUUUGAGUAAUCUCAUACCAAUUGAAUAUGCCCAUAAAUGUUGUAUGGAAAUUUUAUAUUAUAAGACCUAUGUUGAGGAGAUGGCCAAAACUGGAACUGCUUUUAAGGUAGAUGUAUUUUUGUAAACUUGAUUUCUAGGGAUAUGAUAUGUGUUAACAUGGAUCGUGGAAUGAGCGUGGAUGAAUUAUCAAAAUAUGUGAAAGAAUUGUUUAGGUCCAUACCAACAGCAACACAGGAUUUGACUUUGAAAUGGCUUGAUGAUGAGGGUAAGAUAGGAACAUGAAGAUACAUUACUGGGUGAAUGAGGGAUAUGUGACUACGUAAUGUAUAAUCAAUGUUUUAUAACGGUACACAUGUACCCUCGGGUUUCUGCAAAGUAGUUAGCAGUCUUUCUGUGAUUACUACCAUUUGAUUGUAAGUUAUGCAGCCGUCAACUGCAUGCCGCUUUGUUUCCAUUUCAAACAUACACAUUUGACAUUAUUUUUAUACACGUUUGAGGCCCCACCCAAUUAAUUAAUAGGCAUAUUAAGCAAGAUAUAUACAUAUCAAAUAUAUAGCCUAAUUAUGUCACCCAUAACAAGACAAAGGGUUCUAAAUAUAUCUCAAUCACUGAAAUGGGGGCUAAUCAAUGAAGGCCACAAUCCAUCCCAAUGUACAAGCCCUACAGUGUUCUUUUACUUAUGACAAAUAAUGUAACAACAGACAAUGUUAUUUAUCACUCAAGUUUCUACUCAAGUUUCUUGUUGACCAUUAAAGCCACAAUGAAAAUCUGCAUACAUUGUUUAAUAUUAGAAUGUUAGGGUUUGGAAUCAAAGUGAGAAUAUAUACAUUUUAAGACCUAACCAGGAACGACUGCGAAAAAUGCAGCACAAGGUCCUCUUGUAGGAAUUGAACCUACGGCCCUGUGAUUCCGGUGCAGUGCACUAACCAACUGAGCUACAGAGGCCAGCUGUUAAGCUGUAACUGUAAGUUCAUGUAUAUAUAGGUAAUCGGGUAUGCGGGUUGUGAUAAGGUGGACUUCAUGACUUACAUUCUUGCACUUCACUUGGUGGAAUUAAUAUUAGAAUGUUAGGGUUUGAAAUCCAAGUGAGAAUCUAUGUCAUGAAGUCCAUACAUUGUUUAAGAUAAGCCUGGAUCCAUCUUAUCUAUACUGUGAAUAAGUGACAAGAAUAGAUCCACUAAAAUUUCAGGUGAUCCAUGCAGUAUUUCAUCUCAGGAAGAGUUGAAUGAAGCAAUAAGAUUAUUUGAUGUGAAUAAAGAAGCACAGUUAAUUCUUCAUGGUAAGCUCUUUUGUGAACAAAUACAAACUGCUAUCUGUACAGUAUUUAUGUAACAUACAUUUAUGUCUGCUAGCAUGCUAAGUAUUUUCCCUUUAUUGUUUUAGUAUUCCUAGGGAUGCCAGAUGAACCUGGUAAAUUAUGUGAAGGAGAAACUAGUAAGUGCACCAUAGUCACUGACCCAGGGAAAGAAUAUGGAUCUUCCAUUCUUCCUUGCAGAAAGCAUGGAAAAACUUAACUCUUACCAUUAUAGCUUGUCAUAUAUACGUUUUCCAAAUAGUAAAUUGGUAGAAGCAUGAUGUUUAAUUUUUUACCAUUAAUAGUAUUUUUAGUAUUUUCCUGUGCUUAAAGGUGCCCUACAGUCCGUAUGUAAACAAAGCCUUUGUUUACAUAACAUUUUUGUGUCCAAAAUAUUGAGCUUUAUUCGACAACUAUUUAUAUUUUCAAGUUUCUAGAGUAUAAUAAAUGAUCAAGAAACAACAAUCAGGCUUUGCAAGAACCCAAAACAUAGUUAAACUGUUUGUAUCAUAAAAAGUGGGCUCCUUUGUGCACAUGCGCAGAUCGGACUGUAGAGCACCUUUAAGUUAGUUGAUGAAUUAAUAGAUACAUAGCCACCUUAAAUUAGCUACAAGCUGAUAAGUACAUGGGCAUCUAAUUUCGGCUUAAGAACUGAUAAGUACUUAGCCACCUUAAGUUAGAUGAUAAACUAGUAAGAGCACAUACUGUCACCUUAAGUUAACUGAUUAAUUAAUAAGUACAUAGCCACCCUAAGGUAGCUUAUAAACUGGUAAAUACAUCAUAGCCACCUUAAACUAAUUAAUUAAUUAAUUAAUUAAUUAAUUAAUUAAUUAAUUAAUACAUAGCUACCUUACAGUACCUAGUUGGCUUGUAAAUUGAUAACUACAUCAUAGCCACCUUAACUGAUAAAUUAAUAAGUACAUAGCUACCUUAAGUUAGCUUAUAAACUGGUAAAUACAUCAUAGUCACCUUAAGUGAACUGAUGAACUUGGCCAUUGCUAAGAGACCAACCAUAUGCAGUCCACACUAAUCUGUUUUUUUCAAGGGUUUUCAAGAACAAUGGUCUAAGUCUUGAAACAAUAUGAAAAUGGAUUAGUGUAGACAUAUCCUGUAUUUAGUGAUUAGUAAUGGUGGAUUAAUUUUCUGUUGUCCAAUAAUUAUUACCGACUUAUUUUAUGCACUAGCAAACAAUGGAUUGUACCAUGCAGUCAACAUUUUAAUAGAUAUUUUAAUCCGUAAUAUGAAAUUUAAGUCAAGUUAUCAGCAUAUUUUUCCAGAACAUUUUCUUGUUAUUAUCACAUACAUACACACUGCAUAAUUCAUACGAAUAUGUUGGCAUCUUUCACCUGUCUGAGAAGCAAUAUUCUUAAUCAUGCAUAAUUAAUUACCGUUAUUAUCAUGCAUAAUUAACGUAGGUUAUUAUGUUCUGUUAUUUUGUGGUCAAAAACUGAUCCAUCGCUAUGUGGGCAGUUUAUGUUUGCAAUAACAUUGUGUCAAGAAAUAAUAUUUCCAAAAUCACUUUUGAAAACAAACCGUUAUGUCAUUGGAUACGCUUCAUUAACGAUUUAAAAUUGUGAGAAUGUAAUAGGCAUUCUAGAUUAUUGAUAAGGGUUGCUAUUUAACAUCGUGAAAGUCCAAUUAUGCAGCUGGUGUGAAUUGUAGACUGGAUUAGAAAAAUGAAGUAGACUGGAUUAGAAAAAAAGUGAAAAUUGACAGACCGUAUGUCAUGCGUCUGAAUUGUCGUGGUUCUCGGGAACGGAUGUUGUGAACACGUACGGCUGUAUAGUCCGGUCAUGCACGGAUACCCAGCUCUUAAUUCAAGUUUAAGGGUUCGCUGUGCGAAUUAACUUCUACUUAUCCAAGCAUUUCUAUUGUAAAAGAUUUUAAAUUCAAUUUCGAUUUGAAAGAUUUAAGAUAAUUUAGAAGACUUUACGUAAAAGCUAUCACAACAAGGAGUUUUGUUGGAAAGUUGGAAAGCCAUACUUUCGGAAAGGCUUUUGAGUUUAAAUUAGCUUCCUAUUUUAUCAUUCGUGAUCGAUUUGUACGGCGAAGUCGUUUGAGCUUUAAGGCGUGAAAGUUUAUACAAGAGGUACAGUACUAGAGUUCGGUGAAGUACGUUGUCUCGAAAUCAAUGAUAUCAACGGCUGCAUUUCGUGUUGGAAGUUGAUUGAAAAGCACGUCUAUAUACAGUAUAUCGCCACUCGUUCCAUAGCACGUCUAAAUUCAAGAUAUAUUCUAUAGCAAAUUAUUGGAAAAUACGAAUUAUACCUAGUCUCAAAGGGUCUUGGAUACCAAGUUCUUGGACGUCUGAAGGCACAGUCUUUAAAGAAGAGCUAUGGCGGGAUAGCUCUUCACGUGAAAGCUGUCAAAAGAAGUAGUUAUGUUAUGAAGCUUAUUAAAGCCAUGCAUAGAAAAGGGUUUUGAGUUUAAAGCUUUCUCUUUUAUCAUUUGGAAUCGACUCGUAUUUUAAAGGCGUUAAGGAGGCGUUAGUAAUUCACGUGAAAGUUAUAUGAGCGUCAAGGGAGUUGUCGAAUACAAUUGACUCGAAAUCAUAGAUGUCAACCGACGUUUCGCAUUGCACAUUUGAAGAUACAGCACAUUGUGUAUAGCACGUUUAAACUAAAGACACAGUCUUUCUAGCAGUUGAAAGAAACGCGUUAUGGUAGGAAAAAAUAAAACGAUGCGUAACCAGAGUAAUGAAAGCAUCAGAAGUGAAUUCACAAUCAAUUUCAGGAGAUAUUCAACAGGAGUUAGUGACGUGGAGUACUCUCCAACAUUUCCUAAUACCUGGAAAAGCUUUCAACAACUGACAAGGUUUGAUUCAAGUCGACAGAAACGCUAUACUGUUGGAGCUUUUCCAUCGCCAAGUUUUUGCGAAGAAUCGCAAUUCUCCUCGAGUGAAAGCGACGGUUCUUUUGAAGAUAAGACAACUGUUCCAUUAGCCCCCUUGGCUAAGGAAGUGAACGCCAGUACUCCCAAGAGGAACCGAUUCUCGUCCGGUUAUAUAUUAGGCUUAUUUAUAAAGAAGCAAAAUUUACCACAACAAUGUUCAAAAGGAUGUUCAGAGCAACAUGCUAAGCAAAAGAAUGAAAACGAGCAACGAACGACAGUGAAUUGUGAUCCCAAGAAGCGACGACUACAUAAAAUAAAUUCCGCACCUAAUAUCCGAGCAAAGCCCGCUCAAGACACAAAGGGUAUAUUAGCAAUAUCAGUACCGUCAAUCUUAUUAUUGUUUAUUUGAUUAUAAAUAAAAUAUUUAAUGUAUUUUAAUUUUGGCGCGCAGUAGGCUCGUUUAUUAGUUAACACGAAGCAUGCAAUUGCGUCAUUAAAUGAUUCUUGAUGCGUCGACGUCAUUUAUCAAGGGAUGGGCUGUUUAGUGUAGAAAAGACUUGCUUAUUUACUUAUUGAGAGGAUGGCAUUGUGCUGUUUUGCGUGGAGGAAACCGGAAUUGACGAAGAAGCCCUAUUCGACUUUCGCCAAAGCAUUAAAUAUUUAAUAUGCGAGUAUUUCAUAUAUACACGUAAAAACGCACACGUUGUAACAAAACUGCAGCAGACUUGUAGCAAUGCUGUUCCAACAACUUGUCAUCAGGAUGUGUUCGCACUGCUUGUUCCCAGCUUAUUGACAAGUUGUCAAUGGCUUGUUGACAACUUGCUACAAAGUUGUCGAGCUCAACAGACUUGUUGCAAGCUGUUCGAACAACUUGUUAUCGUCCUACAAUAUUCAUGAUUUGUCAACAAGUUGUGAGUGACAAGCUUGUAGCAACUUGGUAAAAUAACAGCAUUGUUAGAACUUGUUGACAGGCUUGCUACAAGCCCGUUGCGAACACAUAUUGUUGACAAGUUGUGAUAUUAUUACAUAUGUAUCUACGUCUCCUGUUAAUAUAAAACUUUAUUUUUUCAGGAAAUAUUUAUCGUCGUGGUGCGAGAAGAUGGAGAAAAAUUUACAAAAUUAAUGGACAUUCUUUUGUAGCUAGAAGAUUCAGUAGGGUGAGUAUUGAUCAUUUAGUGCACGUGUGCAUUGCAUGCACGAAUGAUCACUUUAUAUUUUUUGUUUAUAUUUUUAGCUUGCACAAUGCGAGUACUGCACUGAUAUAAUCUGGGGACUGGGUCGACAGGUAUGUUCUGUCUUGCAAUCACUUUGAAGCCCCGAUGAAUCGAGGAUGAGGAUUGACAUGAAUAGACAUGCAGUUCCCAUUAUAGACUAAUUUUAAAACUAGGCAAGGAGAUGCAAAUAAAUCACCACAGCUAGAAAGAGCGUACUAAAAUUAGUAAAAUUGCAAAGUGUGGUUGCGAAAUGUUGUAAAAUGCGGAAAAUAUAGCCUUGCAAAGUUUGCAAAUUUUGUAUACUUUUGUAUUGCGUGCGGAAAUUCCUACCACAUUUGGGCCCAAAUGUGCAAACUUUGCAUGGCUAUAUUUUCCGCAUUUUACAACAUUUCGCAACCACACUUUGCAAUUGUACUAAUUUUCGUACGCUCUUUCUAGCUGUGGUGAUUUAUUUGCAUCUCCUUGCCUAGUUGUAAAAUUAGUCUAUAAUGGGAAUUGUCUAUUGUUACAGGGGACAUAUUUUAAUUUUCAAGCUCUACAGGGUGUAUCAAAAUAAACGCAAUUCAUCUUUUGUGCUUAAUAACUUUCGAAAUACUAUUUCUAGUUAAACGCUUUUAGGCUUACUUCAAAGCCUGUUCUUUUCUCUUUCAAACAAACUAUUAUCCUUGUCUCCAAUGCUAGUAAUAAUUGCACAGGAAAAGAUUUAGUAAAACUUAUCAUUUUUAGUUGCUGUUUAAUUAUGCAAAUUUACUAUGUUAUUGUUUAGUCAGUUUCAGUGUUAGAAUUUUCUUCUUUAAACUUUAAUGUUGUCGUCACUACAUCCGGAAAACCACGUAAGAACAAAUUAAAAGUAUUUUAAAAGAGACCAGGUUGUUUGAAAAUCCUAAACGAAUGCUAAAAAUCGUCAAAACAUUCUGGUGUCUGAGCCAGAGUGUCAUCGAAUUGCGAUGUAAUGUAAACAGAAAUUAUAGCAAGUUGAUGUCAGUAAGCUUAGAUGGUCCAAGCCAAAAUUAUAUCGCAUUUGAAGUUUCAAACUAAGUUAAAAAUAGUGGAAGAAAAGCCGUAAUUAUGCUUAUUGUUACAAUCCAUUUAAUAAAAUGCAACAUUUUUUUGUUUUAAUGAAAAAAUCAGUUAUUUUCAUGAGAACGAUUUGUUAUUCCAUCUCAAUUUUUUUAAUCUCCAAUCGCAAUAACGUAAAGUAUUAUUACCCGCGAACCAAUGAGUCAAACUUAAGAAACAACCCACUGUUAGAAAGCUGAAUGGCUACGCUUUAAAAUGAAUGUAAACUUUAACGUAUUCGUCUAUUAUUUGUUUAGCAAUUUACAUUUCAGUCGAGGAUUGCGCUUUUUUUGAUACACCCUGUAGAUUGAGAAACUAAAGGUUUGAUGAGCGUUUCAAUACAUGACAGUGUUGGGAAAGCAUUAAGAACAACUAACCAAGCUCGCGUGACUGCAAACUCUCAUGCACUCUCAUCCGGGCUUAAGUUCAACUGUCCUUUUUCUGUAACAUUUGCAUAUUGAUCGUUUUUCAGUAUACGUAUUGAUAUUGAAUAUCUGUUUGUCUUUCUUAGGGUUACAAAUGUUUGGACUGUCGAGUUAUAGUACAUAAGAAGUGUCAUCGGCUUUUACGUCAUGAUUGUGAUCAGAUUAGGGUGAGUUUAGUGUAUUGGUAGCUCUGUGGUCAGUGCUUGCAACACUAGAUUACACCUGCAGUGGGGGAUACUGCAAAAUAUUGGGGGGGGGGGUAGGUUGCCACCUUAUGACCAUCUUUUGCAGCUGGAAAUCUCAGCUCUUUGAACUUUUUAGCCUUAAAUGUCAUGCAAUAGAGAGCUUAAGUUUUUGUGUGUUUUUUUAAUUGUUUAACAGUCGUAUAAAAAAGAUCGACCAAAACAUGACAAGACAAAGAUUACGUUGUACAUACAAAACUAAAUUGAACAAUUAACUAAUUUACUUGCUCAAGGGGUAAAUUCAAAUUAAGAUAAUCAAUUACCGAAAAUCAUCUACUAAUUUAUAGAAAAUCAAUCAAGAAAAAAAGAGGGAUUUUUAAAUCAAGUUAUAGCCUAGCAACGUUUUCAUGGCUAAAAAAACAUUAUUCCAGCUUUGUUACACGGUUAUUCCGCUAUCAUUCAAAGGCUUUCAGAAAUUCUGGGGGGAGGACUACUUAGUGUCGGCCACUGGAUGACUAUUAAGUGGAUAUCUUAUUUUCUGUAUUCAGAGUCAGAUUGCUGCUUAUUCCUCGUUGCCGUCAAAUUCUGCUGGGCCAGGAAAGUCGGGAAAAGAGCACGACGCUGGCGUUAAGAGGAGUGAGUAAACUUAGAAUUCUAGUAUUAAUGAAACACUGAAACACAAAGGAGAGCAAAGAAACCCAAAGGAGAACGCAAAUACUAUAUACCAUCUCUCCUUCUUGACCUCAUUCCUCUCUCUUUUUUUUAACAGCGAAAAGCGACAGCCCACAACGACAUCGCAAAGCUCUCUUACAAAACGCGUACAGCAAUUCCUUUGCAGCCUCACAAAGUGUAAGUGGAGUAUAACAAAUAUUUUAGUAGGAAUUAGUAUAUUAUAAUUUUGACUUGUUUUUAUUAUUAUGUGGCAUAUGGGAUGACGAUACAUACCUUUUCUCAGGCUUUGGAAACAAGUAAAUCCCAUGUGAAUGUACAUGAUUUUGAUUUCAUCCGCGUUAUUGGUCGAGGAAGUUAUGCUAAAGUUAUAUAUGUGAGUAACAUAUUAGCAUUAAUAUAUUUAUAUUUAAAAUGUGGAUUGUAAUAGCUCAUGAGGUUCUGAUUUAGGGUUUGUAUUGUUGCAGAAAAUAGCUUUAUUAGAACAAUUCUUGCAUUGUUAUCAGAACAAUGCCCACCAGAACAAUGACUGUAGUGAACAAUGGUUGUAUUGUUAUCAGAACAAUGCCCACCAGAACAAUGACUGUAGUGAACAAUGGUUGUAUUGUUAUCAGAACAAUAGUAACUGGGCUUUCAGAGUUAUUCUGAGUACAGGGCUGCAAAUAAUCAUUUUACUUGGAAGGACAAAUAUCUGGCCAAGCCAAAAAUUGGUCGGACAUUUAUCAAUUUUUGCAGGACAAUGGACAAAGUAAAUUUAAUUUCUACCAGUUACACAACAAAGGUGAUGCAGAUUUUUAAUUAAAUCUUACAGUUUAACCUUAAUUAACGCAGCAAGAAAUAGUGAAGAAGUGCUGUUUAUAUUGCUUUCUUGUUGGUUUUAUUAAUAAAAAAUGUGUUAAAUAAACAAUUUUUUGAGAUUGGAGAUUUGACCUGCCUAAAUCGGUCGGUCACAUGUCCGAUCUUAAAAAGCUUUGAUCGGACAAAAGGUAAAUUGUGGCCGGACAAUGUCCGAUGACCGGCACUAAUUUGCAGGCCUGGAGUAGUGGCUGUGUUGAUAAUAUAGGCGGCUGUGGGGAGCGCUUUAGGGAGUCCUAAAGUCAUCCUAAGUGUAUAUUGAUUAGAUAGCAACAUAACUGAGCUCUGGAACCAAAUUAUAAUGUAUCACUACUUUCAUUUUUCAACAAGAUAACUUCAAGAUUUAAGAUGGCAAAUAACUAAAUCAGUUUUACGAAAUAGUACGUCGUUUUCUAAAAUAACCAGGCUAUAAAGUAAAUCAGGUUGAUGAAAAAUAACUUUGUUUGAAAGCUUAGAGUGGAGGAAGGAGGGCAGAAUUGUUAUUUCAAGUACUAAACAAAGUAACUGGCGGUAAACCUCGUGUCACCCGCCAGAGCUCCCAGAGCUCCAGUAGCCCCCAGCUUAUUUUGAAAUAUUUUCUGAAUAGAAUUAUAGAAUAUUGUGUUUGCUUCCCAGGUUAGUCACAAGAAAACUGAAAGAAAAUACGCGAUGAAAAUUGUGAAGAAAGAACUUGUCAAUGAUGACGAGGUCAGCAGUAAUUUCUUAGAGUCUUGAACUUUGUAUUUUCUUAUUUCUGUUUUUCAGUCAGUCGUGUUAGUCAGCCAGUUACAUAAGCCACUACUGUUGUAUUUUGUAGGAUAUCGACUGGGUACAAACAGAAAAACAUGUCUUUGAACAAGCGUCGAACCAUCCGUUUUUAGUCGGUCUACAUUCGUGUUUCCAGACGGCCAGCAGAUUGUUUUUUGUCAUUGAGUUUGUGGCGGGAGGAGAUCUUAUGUUUCACAUGCAGAACCAGAGAAGACUACCAGAAGACCAUGCAAGGUUUGCGUGAACGCUUGUCUUUUUCAAUAAACUGUUGAGGGCUUGGUCGAAACUAUAACCUCAUGCUCAGCCUUCGUUUUUCCUAUGUUUUGCUAUAUCUUGUGUUUAGGAAGAUAUUUAAAUUAAAGGCCUAUUUAUUCUGCACAACUUUGCAUGAAACUGUCGCAUGCCACCUGCUUACAACUUGAGUUAUACUGUUUAAUAAGCAUUGUGUGCUUGAUUUACACAGUACAACUCAAGUUGUAAGCAGGUUGCAUGCGAAAGUUUUAGGCAAAGGUUGUGUAGUGUAAAUCUGCAUUAGCAGUGUGUAACCAGUUUUUAAUUAUUUUCAGGUUUUACUCGGCUGAAAUUGCUUGUGCUUUGAAUUACCUUCAUGAAAACGGUAAGAUCUGAAUAAUUGAACUUCUCUUCAAUAAUUUUCACGAGGCAUGACUGCGCUUCUUACAAGAAAGAAUAGAAUGAUAUAUAAUUUAAUUUAGUCUCAUUGUUUUUCUAUAUAUAGGAAUUAUAUAUCGAGAUCUGAAGUUAGACAAUGUACUACUGGAUAAGGAUGGUCAUGUCAAGCUAACAGAUUAUGGCAUGUGCAAGGUACUGACCCUCACAUUACAUCUUUAUUCAUCUAAAUAGGUUUGUAAAUAGAUAAAGACUGGUUUGUAUCAUCGAAGUUUCUGUGAUCAAAGUGACGUCAUCUGACGUAAUCAAACUUUGAUGAGUUUUGAAGUAAUUUCAUGUUUUGAAGGAGGUUUAUACUCCGUGGUUGAUUAUCAAGUAUUUUCUAUGAUUGUAGGAAGGUCUGCGACCCGGUGAUACAACAAGUACUUUCUGUGGAACACCGAAUUACAUAGCACCUGAAGUUCUCAGAGGAGAAGAUUAUGGUAAGAUACUGUACGGUACUUUACUUUCUAUACAAAAUCUAGCCAAUUUUUACCUUAAUCCUCCUGAUCAAUUUCUUUCCAUUGUCUUGUAUUGAUCAUUCGGUGUGCCUGAGCAAGGGCGGAUUUUUUAAAGGAGGGGUGAAAAAAAUUCUGGUGCAGGGGUUAGGCGUUAGGGGGGGGGGGUGAAAUAGGAGGGGUGAAGCGAAAUUUUGGUGGGGUUGAACACUUUAUAAGAGGAUUUUCCAAGAUUUUCAAUUGAAAAUUUAUAUUGAAAAUCCUGGAAAGUCCUUGAAUUGGAAAAAAAAUUUUCCAGCACUGGAAAGUCCUUGAAAAUCAGUAGAAGUCCUUGAAAGUCCUGGAAUUAAUUUCCUUAACCUCCAGCUGUGCCAACAUUAGUGAUUUUGAUUAAAAUUACUGAAUAAAGUGAAUUAUUUGCUGGGCAAAUCCGUGCCAUUUUCAAAGGUUUUUUCCAGUUCUAGGUCCUUGAAUUUACUGAAAAAGGGCCUUGAAACUCCUGGAAAAGUUGUUGAAUUUCACCUUCACCAAAGGGUGGACACCCUGAAGGGGGGUUAGAGAGAUUCUAGGGGGUUUUAACCCCCCCCCCCCAGUAAAUCCGCCCAUGUGCCUGGGUCUUAAUCGCAGAUAUUUUCGUCAGGUUUAAGUGUAGACUGGUGGGCGACUGGAGUUCUGUUGUUUGAAAUGUUGGCUGGUCGAUCACCUUUUGAUAUUGUGGGCCAUGCUGAUAACCCGGAUCAAAAUACUGAAGACUAUCUCUUCCAGGGUAAGACUACAUUAUUUUGCACAAAGUGCUUUCAUUAAAGUUGACUUACAUUACACAACUUUUGCCUAAAACUGUCGCAUGCAACCUGCAUGCAACUUGAGGUGCACUGGAGUGUAAAUCAAACACACAACUCACCGUCUCACCUACGACGUUUUAAGCUACGUUUACACCAAAGAUUAGAUACUAUAAAGAUGUGUCACUCGACGUAUUUCCCUAAUGUUUGCGUGUCCGUAAUUUUCCGUGCUGAUCACGAGUGAUCACGCGAGAUGACGAGUGCAUAACACUUACUGCCAAAAUGGCGGCGAGACUGAAUACAAUAGGUUGCCAUCGCGAUGCUCGCGCUAUAUGACGAAUUUUGACGAAUUUGACACUUACUGGCAAAAUGGCGGCUAUAAAAAAAUCUCGGACAUAAUUUUCGCAGAGUGACACAUCUUUAUAGUAUCUAAUCUUUGUUUACACGCUACGAUUAAUCGUGUACGAUUCGUAUUCUGGCGUAUUAAAAUGAGUGCUGGCGCCAUAAUUCAUUGCCGUUUCGUUAAAAGAGAUUUCAAAUGUACCCAGCUUACGCGUGUUUACUCGAUGACAUACGCCAGAAAACGAAUCGUACACGAUUAAUCGCAGCGUGUAAACGUAGCUUUAAGCAGGUUGCGUACGACAAUUUUAGGCAAAAGUUGUGUUAGUGUAAAUCGUCCUUUAUAAUUAUUAAAUCUUUUCAUUAACGAAAAUUUGCAUGCGCGUAAUAUUUCAUAACACGCCUAGUUAAAAAGUUUUGAUCUCUUUUAGUGAUUCUUGAAAAAUCUAUCCGAAUUCCAAGAUCGCUUUCCGUGAAAGCUGCGUCGAUCCUUAAAGGAUUUCUAAACAAGGUUAUUUUCUUUCCACUAUGUUUCUUAGAAAAACGCAAGGCCCACACACGCGUUGUUUACUCUUUUAUUCUUUCAUUGUUAGAGUCCAGAAGACAGACUAGGCUGUCAUCCACAAACAGGAUUUGCGGAUAUUCAGUCGCAUUUAUUCUUCAGAGCUAUAAACUGGAAACAGGUAUGUCCAGCUCAAUUCUGGAUGUCUAAAAUUGUAUAAAACCUCUGGUUGAAAUUUACAUCUACAAAAGCCCCUCAGCUAUUAGUUCUAUCGUAAUCGAACGAGAUGCCCCAAUCUUGUUGUUUGAUUAUAAUUACACUUCAGUCGCGUGCGAGUAGACUACCAAACCCCAUUGGUAUUCUUCGGGUACUCCGCUUUCCUCCUGUUGUAACCACUGGACAGAAAAAGGAUCUCACUGGAUUUCUAGGGAGAACAGUUUAGAACUGACAGAAGAGCUAUCCUGUGUAAAUCAAGUUAAAAUACCAUGUUUAUUUUAAAGCUUGAAGCACGUCAAGUUACUCCGCCGUUUAAACCGAGAGUGGAAGAUGGUCAGGAAGUUGAUAAUUUUGAUCCACAGUUUACGGCUGAGCCUGUUAUACUUACACCUGACGAUCCGUAAGUAGAAAUAUGGCCUUUAUAUAAUUGUUUAUAAAACAUAUAAACUAGAGGGCACUCAAAGAUUGCAAACCUCGAGCAGCCAACGUCAUAGUGUAUAUGCACUCUGCGCUGAGUUUGUGUACACAACUUUACUUGUAGAAGCAAGACAUCCAAUUUAUUUAUUCAUUUAUUUACAAGUUUUGCCACAAGUGGCAGUGAAGUCCCACAGAGUUUAAGCUCCAUUAUACGGGGUCUCUAAAAAUAAACAAAUCUAUCAGACAACAUUAAACAUUGAUACAGACUAGUUACUUUUUAGGUAAAACUAGAGCAAAAACUAACAACACAACUAGAAGACAAGUUGCAGUAAGGGACGGCACAAGUGACAUUUUACACAGACGGUUUUAAGACGUUGCAAAAUUUCAACAUCGUAUCAGAAAUUUACAUCAUCAAUUUGCAUCGACAGAAUUUUGUCUUUGGCCAUUGCAUUCACAAACUGUUAACGUAAACGUGUUAAACAUUUGUUUCUAUUUUAGGAAAUUACUGGAAACGAUCGACCAAUCAGAAUUCGAAGGAUUUGAAUACGUGAAUCCGCUUUUAACGUCGGCUGAAGAAGCAGUUUAA